GUAGCCGUCCUUGAUGUGUCAUCCAUUAUUACAAUAAUUUCAACGAAACGUGUAGGAUUCACUAAUCUACAUUUUGUGCUGUUGAGUUCUAGUAUUCGCCCUGUUUGUUAUUGUGCAGUGACGAUUGGACACUGAGAGGAAGCUGUAGAUUAUUGUGUGAGAGUAUCAUUGAGUGUGAGUCAGCGUGAUUCGGAACGCGUCGUAAGGUGUGGUUGUACGCGUUUAUGGUGCUAGGAACGGUCGCGUCAGUAGCUGCGGAAGGCACAUCAGUGGAUGCGGAAGCAGCGGAGUAGCGCUCGCUCGGGUAUGGUGCCGGGCAGGUAGCGCGCGCGGGCGGCCUGCGCAGGCCCAGAACAGCAGCCGCGAGUUUCCCCAGCGUCGUCUAUGGCCGAGCAACACAUCUCACCGUCGUCGUCACACUCUGCACUCUCGAGAGAGUCCACAAGGUCUUCUCAAAGCAGGGUGGUGGGCGGUCGGUCGUUGCGUCUAGAGCGUCGGGCCCAGAGACGCAGCGUGACGUCGCCCCUGCCGCGCCCUCCUAGCCGACACUUGUCGAGCCGCGCCUCCCACGCCGACUCCCAGGUCCGCGGCGAGCUGCGCCGGAGCUCCCGGCUAGUUAGCGCUCUUCCGAGGUCUGACUAUUCCCUCACUGAGCGGUGGUCCUACGGAACCGACAUAUACGAGACACGAUACAACACAUCCGACUUCAGAGCCGGAGAGGACACCGGCAAGCCAUCCACCAGCGGCCAUAACAAACGCGUCAGACCGUCUUCACAUGAGAGGAAGAAGCAGAAGACCCACUCGGGAUUAAGUAACAGUGCUUCUGAAGAGUGUAUCGCACAUUGUACUCGCUCACGGACUGGCGUGAAGCCGAGCGACAGUGUUUGUGCUCAGGCGCCGAACAGUUUGAAACCAGUAUCGGUGACUCAAAUCCCAUUGAAUCAGAGUUCUACUGGUUAUUCCACUGAGGCUAAUGCCCAGGCCCCUGUAAAUAAUCCAGACAGUGGCUUAUUGCCAUUAGACGAGAGAGACUUUGCGUAUUCCCCAUUUAGCUCUUCCACUGUUACUGAUAUAUUAGACUCGGAUUAUUCAGUUUAUAGCCCAAAAGCGAGCCGCAGCAAAGGAAAGAAAAGGAAGAGGUCUUCAUCGAGUAAGAAGAGCAGUGGUCUUCUGAUCUCUAAACGUACUAAGACUGGCAAUCAGUCCACGGAGGCUGCCGAGGAAUCUAAAUACACUGAUAGAGAGGGAUACUUGUUAAGAAAGUCAGCCGGCCGAUAUUCCUUGAGACAUACUAAUCCUCGCUCAUCCGACCAACUAGCGCCACCACCGAGGGCUACCAGCACAGUUACGUUGUGCAAAGUAACUGAGCGAAAGAGCGCUACAGACACUCGUGAGCGACCUCAGACACCUCCACUCCCAGCGGAAUUUCAAGAAGCAAGCACAUCAAAAACACGCAGCUCUGAUAGCAAGCUUCUUAUUGUUCCUCGCGAUCUUCCGUAUCUACGGCAGACUAACGCCCGAAGGAGCAUCGCAGCUGCAACGGGCGCUACCCUGGGUGCGUGCUUGACGAAGAGGAGCAACACUUCUCAGCACCACAGGCAGGACACAUCUGCCAAGAGACAGGUGCCGGGAAGCGAGGGCGCGGGCGGCAGCGCGGAGGGCAGCAGGCGGGCGCGGGCUCGCGACAUGCCACAGCCGCAGCCGGCGUCCACGAGACGAGACAAGCGAGGGAAAAGCAGUCUGGGUUCCUGCGCGAGUACCGGUGGUGCGUCGAGCCGCUCCCACCCGCAGCCCUUAACCACGGGUGCCGUCGCAUCCACAUCGAAUACGCCGCCGCCAUCUGCUUCAGCGGCCUCGAUGCCUAAUAACGCAUCGGACGAUGCUAAACCUAAAAGCAAAGCGUCGUCUUCAGCUGAAGAAUGCGCGAGCGGCGGCGUCGGCGGCGGCGGGGCGCCGGGGGCGAGCGGCGGCGCUGCGGCCGCGGCCGCCGAGGAGUCCUCCUCCGAGGAGGGCGAGGUGGGCCGCCUGCAGGCGCUGCUGGAGGCGCGCGGCCUGCCGCCGCAUCUGCUCGGCGCGCUAGGGCCGCGCAUGCAACAUCUCUUGCAUAGGACUGUCACCGCUAAUUCAGCGGCUUCGAAGGCGGCGCAGCUCCUCGCAGGGCUGCAGGCCACCGGCGACGAGGGGCAGCAGCUGCAGGCCGUGAUCGAGAUGUGCCAGCUGCUGGUCAUGGGCAACGAGGACACGCUCGCCGGCUUCCCCGUGCGCCAGGUCGUGCCCGCGCUAGUCAACCUGCUCGCUGCCGAACACAACUUUGACAUGAUGAACCACGCGUGCCGCGCGCUCACGUACAUGCUGGAGGCCCUCCCGCGCAGCAGCGGCGCCGUGGCGCUGGCCGUGCCCACGUUCCUGGACAAGCUGCAGGCCAUCACCUGCAUGGACGUGGCCGAGCAGAGCCUCACCGCGCUCGACAUGCUCUCCCGCCGACACUCCAAGGCCAUCCUGCAGGCGCGCGGAGUUUCGGCGUGCCUGACGUACCUGGACUUCUUCUCUAUCAACGCGCAGCGAGCUGCGCUCUCCAUCACGGCCAACUGCUGCCAGAAUCUUACCCCCGACGAAUUCCACCUCGUCAGGGAUUCGCUGCAGUUGCUGGCUAACAGAUUGACCCAACAAGACAAGAAAUCAGUGGAAUGUGUGUGCCUCGCGUUCUCGCGGCUGGUGGACAGCUUCCAGCAGGACCCGGCGCGCCUGCAGGAGAUCGCCACGCCGGAGCUGCUCACCAAUCUGCAGCAACUUCUGGUGGUGGUGCCGGCGCUGAUCUCGGGCAACACGUUCAUCACGGUGCUGCGCCUGCUGUGGGUGAUGUGCGCCGCGUGCCCGCAGCUCGCGCUCGCGCUGCACCAGCGCUCCAUCGCCGACACGCUGCUGUGUCUGCUCACCGGCUCGGCGUUGCACCAGGAGCAAGUGGAGCUGCUGCCGCGCUCGCCGCAGGAGCUGUACGAGAUCACGUGCCUGAUCGGCGAGCUGAUGCCGCGCCUGCCCACCGACGGCAUCUUCGCCGUGGACCAGCACCUAGACCGGCCCUGGUCCGCGCCCACCGAGCGCGCCGCGCACUGGCAGUGGCGCGACGACAGAGGUUUAUGGCGGUCGUACUCUUGGGCCGAGUCGCGCGCGCUGGAAGCGGGUGCGACGGCGGGCGAGGAGGAGGUGUGCCUGACGACGCUGGGCCGCUCGUACACCGUGGACCUGACGGCCAUGCAGCAGCUCAACGACCACACGGGCACGGCGCGGCCCGUGCAGCGCGUGGCGCCCGCGCCCGCGCAGCCCGAUCAGGCCAACCCCGCCAACGCUGCGCCAGAUCCCCGCAUCGCCAUGGUGCGCUGCAACCCAGGGCUGGCGCGCGCGCUGCUCGCGGUGUUGCACGAGGUGUACUGGAGCUCGGCGGGGCCCGCCGUGCGCUCGCAGGCGCUCAAGGCCAUCCUGCGCUGCGUGUACUACGCUGACGCUACGCUGCUCCGACAAGUGCUCAAGAUGCAGGUGAUAUCAUCGCACAUCGCGGGCAUGAUGGCGUCGACGGACCUGCGCAUCGUGGUGGGGUCCCUGCAGCUGGCCGAGAUCCUGAUGCAGCGGCUGCCCGAGGAGAUGGGCGCGCAGUUCCGCCGCGAGGGCGUGCUGCACCAGGUGGCGCAGCUGGCUGAACGCACGCCCCCCACUAAUGCCUCCAACCAGGCCCGCCAGCCCAAGCUUAAGUCCCCGGCGGCGAGCGCGCGCUCCAGCGCCAGCUCCAGCGCCUCCCCGCCGGCCUCCUCCUCCCACACGUCUCUAGACCACAACCUGUCGAUGGCCUUCUCUGCUUCCGGCUCAUUCAUCAAUUCAUCCAUGCCACCCCUUGGCAACGAGGGCAGCGGGCCCGAGCCCGGGACCGCCGCGUCCGCCGCGCAGCCGCAAGCGCCUGCCGCAACGCACAGGUCAGUUGUGUUGCCCUUCUCGACAAUAUUCGACAGGUCUGCGAGCCCGCUGCAGCUGGCCGAGAUGCUGAAGCGCAAGCGCGCCGUGAAGCGGUCGGGCGGCGCGCCCACGCGGCACGCCCGGCGCCGCGACGACGCCGCCGCGCACAGCUCGCACGCCGCGCCGCCGCACCACUCGCACCAGCUGCAUCAUCAGCACACUGCGCCCGCCCACAGCUCGAGCGCGGCAGCGACGUCGCGGACCACGAGCCGCGUGGGCGCGUCGAAGACGUCGUCGUUCCUGUCGUCGCUCAACCCGUCCCGCUGGGGCCGCACGCCGCACUCGCACAAGGACACCGGCCUGCUCGCCUCGCCGCACUCCUCCGCUAACCUCACCGUUCAGAACAAAGAGAAAGUCCGCGAGUGGAUCCAGUGGACGGCGGCGCGGCUGGUGCGCGAGUGGGGCGCGCUGGGCGGCGGCGGCGGCGCGCUCGACCAGCUGGCCGUGCUGGCCGGCGCGCUGCCGCACGCGCCCGCGCCGCAGUGCCGCGCCGCGCUCGACCAGCUGCGCGACACGCUCAUGCAGCACGACGUCUCGCCCUUCGAGGUGAACCACUCCGGCGUGCUGGGCGCCCUGCUGCAGUACCUGACGGGGCUGGACGACGCCACGGUGGCGGGCGCGCGCGACCGCGACGGCGAGGGCGAGGGCCGCGACGCCGACCAGGUGGCCGCCUGCGAGGAGCGCCUGCGCCUCUUCCUGCACGUGUUCGCCGACAUGCCGCUGGCGGCCGACAUCAGCGAGUGGUCGGACAGCGGCACGCUGCUGGGCGGCGGCGGCGGCGGCGCGCUGGCCGCGCUGGUGGCCAAGGUGAACGCGUGCGUGUCUCACCUGGAGCAGUUCCCCGUGCGCGUGCACGACCUGCCCGCGCGCCCCGCCACCUCCGCGCUCAAGUUCUUCAAUACGCAUCAGCUCAUGUGUGAUCUCAAACGCCACCCAAGUUGUACUAAUCUCAAGCAAUGGAAAGGUGGUGUCGUACGGAUAGAUCCGCUUGCCUUAGUUCAAGCGAUAGAAAGAUAUCUAGCACAGCGUGGCUACGCGAGCGCGCGGUCGCGCGACGGCUCCACGGCGGCCGCGCAGUCGGACGACGACGCCGGCUCCGAGGACGACGUGGAGGACUCGCUCGCCACGCCGCCCGUACACCAGCCCACAGACACGGAGCACAAGCUGGAGUUCCUGAUCGGCGACACGGUGCUGCCGUACAACAUGACGGUGUACCAGGCCGUGCGGCAGUUCGGCGAACAGACGGACGCCGACACAGACACCGAAACUCCGCUCGCGAAUGCGGGCAUCUGGGUGCAAACGCACACGAUCUACUACCGCGCGGUGGAGGCCAGCGAGCCGCCGCGCGUCGACUCGGCCGCCUCGCGCAAGGGCAAGGGCCAGCCCACCAAGCUCUCGUCCCGCCGCAAGCCGGACGUUCUGUGGAACGAUGGAGUAGUGGCAGCGCGCGAGUCGCCACUAGUGAUGAUCCUGCGGUCACCGCUGCUGGCGGGCGGCGGCGGCGGCGGCGGCGGCGGCGGCAGCGGCGGCGAGCGCGAGGUGAAGGACGCGGCGCUGCCGGCGCUGGCGCUGCUGCGCGCGCUGCACGCGCUGUCGCGGCACUGGCCCUCGCUCUACCGCGCCGCCUGCCAGCCCGACCACCGGCCGCUAGUGCCCAAUGCUGACUUCAUCAAUGCCAAGCUUGCUGCCAAAGCCAACCGACAACUUCAAGACCCCUUAGUUAUAAUGACCGGAAACCUUCCACCAUGGUUGAAAAAGAUUGCAUAUGCAUGUCCAUUCAUAUUUCCGUUCGAAUGUCGUCACUUACUGUUCUACGUGUUGUCAUUCGACCGCGACCGCGCGCUGCAGAGGCUAAUCGAAGCUGGCGGCGAGCGCGGCGGCGCGGCGGCGGCGGGCGGCGCGGGCGCCGACACGGAGCGCGUGGCGCCGCGCCUCGACCGCCGCAAGCGCACCGUGCAACGGCAGAAUGUGUUACGCCAAGCCGAACACGUUAUGCACGAGUUCGCACACUCCAAAGCGCUGCUUGAAAUUCAAUACGAAAACGAAGUGGGCACCGGGCUCGGCCCGACCCUCGAAUUCUACGCGCUCGUCUCGCAAGAGCUCCAGCGCGCUGAUCUUGAUCUCUGGCACGGUAGCGAAAACUUUAAGCAGAAACCGCACUCGUUCGGCGGUGAAAUAGUGAAGAGCCAACCGCCUGUGGUGACGGACCGGUCGUCCGCGGAGGUGGCGGCGCGCCUGGCCUCCUCCGUGCGCGACGCCCUCAGCCUGAACGAGGAGCGGUCGGCGGAGCCCUCGGAGCUGGAGAAGGAGACGUCGAUCCCGUCGCCGGCGCCCGACGCGACGUUCGUCUCGUGGCCGUGCGGCCUCUUCCCUCAGGCCAUCGGCCGGAAUGCGCGCGCAUCGCAUCUCUCCCGCGUCAAGGCCAAAUUCCGCUUUCUAGGCAAAUUCAUGGCUAAAGCUGUAAUGGAUUCACGAAUGGUGGAUAUCCCUCUGUCGGUGUCCAUGUACCGCUGGGUGGUGGGCGAGGAGCGGUGGCUGAGCCUGAGCGACGUGCGGCACGUGGCGCCCGAGCUAUGGCGCUCGCUGUGCCGCCUGCGCCGCGUGGCCGAGCGCGCCACGCUCAUCAACGAGGACGACUCGCACACGCCCGAACAGAAACAACACCUGAUCAGCAGUUUGGAGUUGGACGGGUGCCCGAUCGAGGAGCUGGGGCUGGACUUCAUCCUGCCGGGCGACGGCUGCACGGAGCUGAGGCGCGGCGGCCGCGACCUGCCCGUCACCGCGCACAACCUGCACAACUACAUCACGCUCGUCACGCACUGGUUGCUCUAUGAAGGCGUGAUUCGUCAACUGGAUGCAUUCAAAGAAGGAUUCGAAUCAGUAUUCCCGUUAAGUAAUCUCAAAAUAUUCUACCCAGAAGAGCUAGAACAAGUGUUCUGCGGAAGCCCGUCAGGCGGUCGCGAGGUGCGGUGGGAGCCGCGCAUGCUGGCCGAGUGCAUCCGGCCCGACCACGGCUACACGGCCGAGUCGCGCGCCAUCCGCAUGCUCAUCGACAUCCUCGCCUCCUACAGCCGAGACGAGCAGCGCCUGUUCCUGCAGUUCGUCACGGGCAGCCCCCGUCUGCCCACUGGAGGUUUCAAGGCCCUGAAUCCGCCUCUGACGGUGGUGCGCAAAUCGCUGGAGUCGUCGCUGGACCCGGACGAGUACCUGCCGUCGGUGAUGACGUGCGUCAACUACCUGAAGCUGCCCGACUACAGCAACGCCGAGGUGAUGCGCGCCAAGCUGCGGCUGGCCGCCUCCGAGGGCCAGCACUCCUUCCACUUGUCCUAAACGUCCGCCUCCUCUCUCGACGUUUCGCCUGAGAUCCGAUACCCCUCCACACUCAGCAAAGCCGCCGUCCGUUCGACUCCGUUCGACGCGUGGCUCGCGUGUUACUGUGUUUGUACCACUAAUUGGAACGGUGUGUGCGUCGCGUGCAAUCCGAUUCAGGGCAUAUAGUUUUUGUGCAAUCAGAGUGAUUUAUAUUUACCUUUCGUUACAGACACUAAAAGUGCUGUGCGGACAUUUAUUAUUAUCAUUUUGUUUUCUUCUUUUUAAUUCUUUUUUUACAAUUGAUAUAAUUAUACUAUAUUAUGUGUUAACGUAAUGUGAUAGCUUUGUAUAUUUGUUUAUCAACACUAUAGAGAGACUAACGACUCUUGACAUAGUAGUAUAUGGAAGUGUGUGACGUGAUUCUGCGAGACAACUCGCUAUGAGGCGAGUUGUCGGAAUGCGUGUGACGUGUCGCGGCAGAGGCCGCGCCGCGCCGCCGGGCCCGCCAUCCUCGCCGGAGACCGCGUCGCCUGUACCGACGCACUCUUAUAUCAUAGUUAUAAAUAUAAUAAGCUCCAUUACCUAUGUUUGAAGGACCUCUCCUCUGGAUUUAUCCUUCAAGAAUCAAAAGUUAAAAUAGCAUUUAUUACCAAACGGUGUAUGUUUUCAUUAUCAUUUAAGUUUCAUUAAAGAGUAAAAGUGCAAAAUUUUAAUAUGUAAUGAUUUCAAUAAAAGCAUGUAAACAUAUUGAAACAAA